AUGACACUCCUGGAUAUGGAAAAUAAAGAAAGUAUUCUAUCGGCUUUAACCAAUCUUGAAAUCGAGGCGAAUCGGGCUCCGUCCCCGAUCCUCGAAGAGUACCUUCGAGAAGUUGCCAAGCACGGACUCACUUUGUAUGGCGUCCUUUUCUUAUUGUAUAGCAUUCCAUGGUUCCAUAUUAAGCCCUUAAUUCUGCAAAAGUUUAACCAUAUCAUGGACGAAUUUAUUGAGGACACUGAUGAAGGCGGACGCCGAAGUAUACCCCGAAAUGCGGAAUUAAACGAUCUUAGAGAAAGGGUCUACAAAGUUCUUAACCAGUUUGAGGGUAAAAUAUACAACGUCGAUCCUCGACUCUGUUCAAGUAUUGAGAGAUCCUCAACUACUUUGAAUGGCACCUCUGCUGAAUGUGGUUCUAAUAGUUCCGUGGAAGACUCUUCUUCUGGCACCAAACGUUCAGAUGAGGAGGAGGAUGAUGUAGAUGAUGACAACGCGGUUUCUACACAAUCCGUAUCACCACCAAGGCGACCGUGCAUCAAUUUUUAUCGUUCCCUUAGUGAAAGACAUCCCCCUUCCAAUCUGUCGGAAGUUCUACAAAAACCCUCAAAAGAGAUUUUGAUUGGCUCUUACAGUCCUGGUAUUCCCGGAAAGCACACAUUACAGCGGCCAUUUUUGAGCAGCCGAACGUCCUCAUCGUUCCGUCCGAUUCUGGAGGAAUCGGAAGAUUCAAUCAGCGAUGUAGUACAGGAGAGAGAGGAGAAAAGGGUGGAUGAUAUGGGGCUGGAAGAUACCAGUAUUGAGGAAGGCGAAAUUCGAAUUAGAGUAGCAUCAGAUAGUCGGGUGUCACAAGGUUCCCGAUCGCUUACCGGAAUGCAGAAAAUAUUUUUAGAGAGUGAAAGUGAAGAAGCUGUUAAACCUACAACACCUACUGUUCCGCCCAUUGACCAAAUGCUUAGGCCAAUGGGUCAAUUGGAAGCCUUUGUUAAUACCAUUUCCAUGGCUACAUCAACUCCAUCCCCCGUCGAUGUUGCUGCAUCGACUACAAUUGUCACUAGUACUGUUUCCACGAGCUCAAACCCAGAUGGAUCCAGUGAGUGCUGCACACCCAAGAAUGCGGAAGACGGUCUGAAAGGACUUGAGCCUCCUGAACACACGAUGAGAACGGCAAAUACCGGAGCCAACGCCGGCUGCAAAGAGGAGACGGUGACACCUUCUAAAUCAGUAGAAGGAGCAGAGGGUGGCAUCGGGUUUGUGAUCUCUCGACCCUCGCUAAAGCGCGAGACAUCCACUUUUGGCGAAAGUAACGCGAAGGUCUUGUUGGACAGGAGGUCUCCUGAUUUAAUGCCAAGCCCUGCAAAACGGGUGCGCGUUGGUAAUAGGGACGGAGGAGACGUGGAUCAGGAUAAAUUAGUCAACAUUAGUAUUGAACCCUCCCUCAUGGAAGAGGAACGCAAAGAAGAAGUGAAGGACGCACCUGUUAUUGAAGAAAGCCCAGACGAGGUCCAACAUUCAUCGCACAGUGCUGAUGAACCAGCUCCAAAACAGGAGGCUGCACCAGUUCAGGUGCAGGCAUCAGAGGAAUCUAGCGCCGUUAUCGACUCGGAAACUGGAGAACACGAAACCGUCUAA